GGCCCAUUCGAGGUAUACUUACGAGAGCGCACGAGCCUCAUCCAGCGGACGAACGAACGAACGAACGAUCGAGCGGCCGACCGAUCGAGCGGCCGUCCGAUCGAGCGAACGAAGUGGGACCGUAGAAAAUAAUUGGAGGUGGGGGCUGAUUCAAGAAUCGACGUGGACACCCUCGCCUUCCAAAGUCAUUCACCUAACGGUCAUCGCCGCGUCAAGAAUCUUCUUCUUGUUCUUCUUCUUCUGCUGUCACGUCUUCCGUUAUUCGAUUUGAUUAAGGGGAUACCUAGACAGCGUACCGUGUCGUUAAAUAAUUAGUCGAAAGAAGAGCAAACUUGAUCGAAGACGGUGAACCCGGUUUUUGUUUGGAGAAUAAUUUCAAAGAAUCAAAGUGAUAUUUCGAGGUACGAGGUGAACUGUUGUCGCGGGCCUUUAAAUUCUACUUUGGCCUUGCGAAUCUAUGUGAUCGAACUGUUACGGGAAAAAUUACAACUGGUAAGUCGUACAGUGAAAUCGGCUUUGGUGUCUUCCGUAGGAGGAGAGAGUGAGUUUACAAGUGAACUGGAUUUAUCUAUCGGAUGAUUCCCGAUAAGUUCGUGGUACCCGACGCUCCAAGUGAUUGCGUAGAAAUGAUCGUCAGUGUCGGAUCGGAUCUGUUAAACAUCGUGAUGACAAAGUGUCAUGAUGAACGCUAUAUCGUAAUUAAGUAAAGGAUCAUCCUUCGAAGAUGUCGUUGAUGAAUCUCGCGUAAUCGUUUCCGUCUUCAAGAUGAAUCAACAGUGCAAGGUGUGCGGAGAACCCGCGGCAGGCUUCCACUUUGGCGCGUUCACCUGCGAGGGCUGCAAGUCAUUCUUCGGAAGAUCCUACAACAAUCUAAGCAGUAUUACCGAAUGCAAAAACGGUGGAGAAUGUGUUAUAAAUAAGAAGAAUCGGACAGCCUGCAAGGCCUGCCGUCUAAGGAAAUGUUUACUCGUGGGCAUGUCAAAAUCUGGUUCGCGAUACGGGCGCAGAUCGAACUGGUUCAAAAUUCAUUGUCUGCUACAGGAACAGCAGCAACAACAACAACAACAGCAGCAACAACAACAGCAACACUAUCAACAGAAUCUUCCUAACCAACCACUGACGCAACAACGAAAACCUAUGAGCCCACCCAUUGGAAUUCAUCCAGCUCAACGAAAGGACGAUGUCCUGAUGUUAAGUUUGGACGACUACAAGAACUCGACAUCUCCCAGUAUUAGCUCCCCAGAAUCGCACAACAGCGACAGUUCCGUGGAACUAUCCGAAAGAAGAGCAGCCUUCUCGGGUCACCCAGGCUUUAGACCGUUGCAUUCGCACCUGCAACCCUCCGUAGCCGAUCUAUCAGCGCUCAGCAAAGAAAUGAUGAGUUUACCGCUCGGUUUUCACCUCGGUGGAAUGUCUUUGAUUCCACCCGCGUUUCUACCACCGCCAAGUCUCACCAUGUUCUCACCUUAUCAUUUAUACGCAACGUCACACGGAGCUUCUCACCCCUUGGUACCAAAUCAUUCUUCGAAUCUACUACAACACUCACCCAUCGUUGAAGACAUAACCAGUCCAAUCAGUCCCUCUACGACGGCUACCACUACCACGACCAUUAGCAUCGAUAGUAAAGACUCGUGUGCAAAUAAUAAUAAUAUCAACAACAACAACAACAACAACGAUAGAUAUGCACAUAACAAUAACGUUCAGACGUCGAGACAAAGUUCCUCGCCGAGCGAAGAAACCGGAGAGACGUAUACCAAGAGAGUCUAUCUGGAUGCAGUGUUGAAGAGUCAACGAACGUACGCAGAAGGUUCUCCAAUAGUGAAGGAACAUUCGGAAAGUGGUUCGCCACUAUGCAGUCCAGGAUCGGAAACGGACCUUCCACCUCAAGAUAACCCUAUGGACCUAUCUAUGAAAAGGAUGCCCACGCGAAAUAAUGAUGCGACGGAAGAAGACGAGAUAGACAUGGAGAACGUGAGCGAUCGAGACAGUCCCCCCUUAAAAAAGAAAUCAGCGCCCAUAGAUCUAACGACGAGAACCUAGAAUUGAAAUAUCGUUUGUUCGCUGAAAGACAGACGGAAUAAUUCGUCCCGAGCAUAGAAAUAAGUUAAUCAAAAACCGACUGCCAAAUAUGGCGUGUGAUAUCGUAAUCAAUUACAUUCUUCUUCUCCCCCAUAACUGACUAUCUGGACGCUUGAACGCAUGUUCAAUAAUGGAGCGAGUUUCCCAGAACCGCACAGUAUCUUUAAUUGCGUUCUCCGACGAAGUAGAAAUUAUCGGAUCGGACUCUGAUUGCGGGAUACGCAUGGAGACAAAUCAUUCGAGCCGAAUAGUUAAACGCAAUCCCGCAUAAAUAUCCACAGAGACUGAAAGAAUGAAGGAUUAACGUCUCAAUUCCGGGUAAUCACGGCGAGGAUCGCGAGUCGCCGAUCGAUGGCUGGUUGUGCAAUAACCAAUCGACUUUAACGAGAGUCCUCCGCUUUAAUUAACGAGCGCGCGCGCUCGUGCGGCAAUCACAUGGGGUAGACAAAGACGAGAGACAAGGGAAUCAGGAUGGAGAAAAGAGAAAGAAGAGAAGAGCCCGAGAACCUGGCACUGGCGCAUUUGCAGAAGCAGGAGAGCAACGACGAAGUGCAACCGUAGUGCAUCGGUUGAUAAACACGUCAAACUGCAGGGUGCACGUGUUCGGAACGUGCGUUACAAACCGCCGUACACGUGUAGAACGUUGCCAACCGUUUUAUCUUACAAGCGUUCGACGCCUGCCAAUGUAAACGCCUCCGUCGCUGCCGCUCUACCGCCCCUUCUCUGAUUUUGUCCCGCACCUAUUUAUACAUCCUUGCGCCCGAGGAAUCUCCACCGAUAUGAGAAUCGUAAUCAUGACAGGCCUUGCUCGAUUUUGUUCAGGGUGAUUCCAGAACAUUUCGAUGAAAUUCCUCAGUGCCCUACCACUAUUGAAGGAACGAGCUCGCGCUGAAACCACGUGGACGAUACUUUUACGGUCUUCGUUGUCCAAGCCUAGCUUGCACGAACACAGAUUUGCUUUUAGUAAGACAUUAGAUCGUGCACGAUUCACGCCACGUCGCGCGAGAUGGAACUCCUUAAUUCCUUUGAGAUGCUUGUAUUGGAUCGGCCCUUCAGGGAAAUUUUCACAGACCUGACUAUGACAAUAUUUUGAAACAACGAACAAUACUGUGUAUUUGAAGUCAAUCCGAUAUUUCAAUGAAAGUAGUAAGAUCGUGGAUAAUCGUAUAUAAAAGGUAUGUAAAUAUAAAUGUAGUAAAAACGAAUGCAUUCGUAUUAAAUACACUUUGUUAAGCACGAACAGUGCAACGAAAAAAUAUUGUCAAUGGUUCUCUAUCCUUACCGCUAAUUAUAAAAAUAGUCAACAAAUGGCCAGUAUUUCCUUUAAUGGUUAAUAUUCUUGAUCAUAUUGCGGUACUGAACACAUGCAAUUUUCCGUAUUUUACUUAACACUAACCUUAUCAGAAUUGGUCAAAUGAGACCGGUUUCAAAAUUUAAUUUAAUGCUUAAUUUAUUGUUUUAAUUUUUAAUUUAAUGUUUAAUUUUAUGUUUUAAUUUUUGUUCGUCAAACUCUUAUAUUAUCUGAUCAAUCAGUUUCUCAAUUUCUGUUAGUAUAAGGAUUUACAUAAAGUUGGAUGAACAGAAGAAAUAACAAUGAAUGUACAAUUUUAAAUUAAAUUUUGAAACAGGUCUUAUUUGACCGGACCUGGUAAGGCUAGUUUUAAUUGAAACUUAUGUCGUUAUCAUAGGCACGCUAUGAUUCCAUUUGUAUGGAAAUAUUUCAGGUAGCAAAUAGACAGAAAACGAAGAUGUAAAUAAUAGUUAAGCAAGAUUUGCGUGAACGGGACCCGGGCCAGUAGGUACUUACUUGUAUAUAGCUAGUAGAUAAUAGCAACUAAUCGAUCAAUUACAAUGCUCGAAAUAAUUAGAGAAAUAUGAUCAGAAUUACUAUGACAAUAAAAAAUACUAUAUGCAUGUUGCAAAUUGCAAAAAGUAUUAGUUACCAUAUUCUAAUAACGCUAAUUAAUUUGAGCAAUGUACUUUACGAGUUUAAAUAAUUAUAUAAAUCAUUUUUCGUCGAAAGAAAAUGAAUGAUAAAUGUAAUACAUUACAAUGUACUUAAUGUAAUUAUCGACGUAUACGUUACUUACAAAGCCACGCUAUUUCACAAGUAAAGUACAAAUCUAUGAAUUCCUGGGCCCUCAUAUUUGUAAAUAUAAAUUACUUUUAAAAUCCAUAGCAGUGGAGUUCCAAUACCUAGGUUAAUGUAUAAGGCUGUUGGUGAAUUGAACAAUUUUUAUCAGAAUACGCUCCUGUUUUUAGCGAUAUUGUUGGAAGGAUACUAACUUAGCGUUGUUGAUCAAUGAACACUCUUUAAAACGGCUCUACGACGACUUAUAAUGUAAUAAUUAUUAGAUAAAUAAUAAAAUUAUCGAUUUAUUAGAGUUACAGGCACUGCCGCGUUAAACUAGUUAAUAGAGCGUUAAUUAAGGCGUUAAUAUAGAACAAGCUAUUUUACAGAAUUUUGGUACAAACAAAUGCAAAUGAUUACGUUAACAAAAAAGCUAAAAAAUUAUUAAAAAUACAUAGUUAAUUUGAAAUUAA